ACUAUAGGGCGGCGAGUGCUUUUGAGGAAGGUCUCUAGAGAAGAACGCCGGGCAAAGUAGGGCGGGGGCUCCCCAAACCUGCAGCGCGGACCUGGGGGAGCCCCUGGUUUCGCCGCACCUGCCCGAGGCUAGCUGCCGGCGCGUAGCGAAUCGAGGCGCCCUGCGCACCAGGAAGUGACUCCCCUACGGCUGCGAUCCGGGCCCUUCCCUGGUCUUAUUGUUUGCCCACUCAGGUGAAUCAUAGUGUUUCUGUGAAUGACAGGCAUUAAGAGAAGAGCCUGGUGCACAGCCUGAGAUGUUUCCUCUCCAGGGUGGGUCUCUUCUCCAAACCAGGAUUGCUUCCUUGAUGUAUCAGAAAAGCACCAGGUUGAUCACAGCCUUUUUGGGCUCAGCAUACAAGGGAAGCUUCAUCCAUGUGAUAACCAAGAAGUGUCAACAAGAACAAAAAAGUCAGAAGAAACUGAGUCAUCUUGGACCACCAAGUGAAUCCUGGCAGGAAAGGCUGGCUGAUGUGGUGACACCACUUUGGAGGCUGAGCUAUGAAGAACAACUGAAGGUGAAAUUUGAAGCUCAGAAGAAGACUUUACAAAGGCUGGAGUCUUACCUCCAAAUGCAUUAUGCAGUCAAUGUGACCACAGAUGCCCCCAGAUCCCAGGGGCUCUGUUGUCUUCUCCAUCCCAUUAUACCUUCUCCUGUCAUCAAUGGUUACCGAAAUAAGUCUACCUUCUCUGUGAACAGAGGUCCAGAUGGCAAUCCAAAGACUGUGGGAUACUACCUGGGAACUUGGAGAGACCGAAACAUUGUCUGUGUGCAGUCUAGUCAUCUGAAAAACAUUCCUGAGAAACACAAUCAAGUGGCACAGUGCUAUGAAGUACUCCUUCGACAGUCCCCAAUGGAGCCCUGCCUUCAGUUUCAUGAAGGUGGGUACUGGCGUGAGCUCACAGUGCGAACCAAUAGCCAAGGGCACACAAUGGCCAUCAUCACUUUCCAUCCCCAGCAAUUAAGGCAGGAGGAGCUCUGUGUCCAGAAGGAGAUUGUAAAGGAGUUUUUCACCAAAGGGCCAGGAGCAGUCUGUGACUUGACUUCACUUUACUUCCAGGAAAGCACCAUGACCCGUUGUAGCCAUCAGCAGUCCCCUUACCAGCUCCUAUUUGGGGAACCCCACAUCUUUGAAGAUCUCCUGGGCUUGAAGAUCCGCAUCUCUCCAGAUGCCUUUUUCCAAGUUAACACUGCUGGUGCAGAGAUGCUGUAUCAGACUGUGGGGGAACUGAGUGGCGUGGACUCCAACACCAUCCUCCUUGACAUCUGCUGUGGAACUGGUGUGAUCGGCCUCUCUCUGGCUCAGCGCACGUCCCGAGUCCUUGGGGUUGAGUUGCUGGAGCAGGCAGUAGAGGAUGCCAGGUGGUCCGCAGCCUUCAAUGGCAUCACCAACUGUGAAUUCCACACUGGUCGAGCAGAGAAGAUUCUGCCACAAAUACUCAAGUCCAAGGGUGACGGGCAGGUCAUUACUGCUGUGGUGAACCCAGCCCGGGCUGGACUACGUAAGGAUGAAUGGCUUUCCUGCUGCAGAACUAAUCACCGGGUGGUUCAAGCCAUUCGAAACUGCAGGGCUAUCCGCACACUAGUUUUUGUUUCCUGCAAGACCCAUGGUGAAACCACAAGGAACAUCAUUGAGCUGUGCUGUCCUUCAAACUCUACUAAGAAGCUUCUAGGCGAGCCUUUCAUACUGAGACAAGCUGUGCCUGUGGAUCUGUUCCCCCACACUCCACACUGUGAACUGGUGCUCCUCUUCACUCGAUAAGCAACCUCCUACAAGGCUUCAGGCUCUUUGUUCAGGCUGAAGUUUCAGUAAAUCCCAGGUCUGGCAUAUUGCUACUCUGCAGACCCUGAGAGCAUUGCCUGGGAAACCAGUCUUUGGAUCACGAGCAGAAAGAAUAUAGUAGGCUAUUUUAAGCGAGUUUCUAAUCUUAGUUUUCACGUUCCCUUGCUUUCAUGUGUGUUUCCCUGGUUUGCACCACUACUUGGCCCUGGAUCUAGACGGCUUCUUUCUUUUGCUAUCAACUUAUUGUGCCCUUGGUCCUAGUUUAUUGUCUUACCUUUCUGACUCUGCCUGUGCUGGGCUGACAACAGAGCUUUCCUCACCAGCUGGUAAUACUUUCGCAUGGAUUAGGAUCUCCAUAUUUGCCCAGAGAUUUUACUAGAGCUGUUCCCAGUUCAUGAGGUAGCCAAGGGUUGGAACUAGAAACAAGUUUAGCUGUUUAAAUUGGCAGAAUAAGCUAUAAAGUGAUUGCAGGUGACUCUGUGAGCACAGUAGAGCUUUAUUCCUUUGGGCUUUUGAGACUUUGAGGCUUCUAGAAUCUCCUUUAAAAAGUAGUUACUCCGGGCCUCCCCGGUG